AGUUGUGCAUUCACACACCGACCAGGAUGGAAUGGCUCAACGUGUUGACUCUGCUAAGCCUUUUAACAGCAAAUUCACAUGCUCAACUGGAUGUAUGUGGCAUCACUCCCCUGAACACAAAGAUAGUCGGACGUGAAAAUGCUCAAGAAGGAAGUUGGCCUUGGCAAGCCAGUCUGCAGAAUUCUGGCAGCCAUGUUUGUGGUGGUUCUCUCAUAAACAGAGAGUGGGUGAUGUCUGCUGCCCACUGCUUCCCCAGCACAAGUACCUCUGGAUGGUCAGUUUCUCUUGGCCGUCAGAACCUGCAGGGCAACAACUCAAACGAAGUGUCCAGAACGCUUGAGAGAAUCAAUUUGCAUCCAAACUACGACAAUAUUAGCUUCAACAAUGACAUCGCUCUGCUCAGACUUUCCUCAGCGGUCACGUUCACAGACUACAUCAGACCUGUGUGUCUGGCAGCCAGUAGCAGUGAGUUCCACAAUGGUACUGAUAGCUGGGUCACUGGCUGGGGAACAAUCCAGGAGGGAGUGUCCCUCCCAUUCCCUCAAACGCUACAAGAAGUGGAGGUGCCAGUUCUGGGAAACAGACAGUGUAACUGCCUGAAUGGAGUAGGUUCAGUCACAGACAACAUGAUCUGUGCUGGUGUUCUGGAAGGAGGGAAAGACUCUUGUCAGUUCUUUCAUCCUCAGGGCGAUUCAGGAGGUCCAAUAGUGAGCAAGCAGAAUUCCAUCUGGAUCCAGUCAGGAAUCUUCAGUUUUGGAUUUGGCUGUGCUAGACCUAAUCUGCCAGGAGUUUAUGCCAGAGUGUCCCGCUACCAGUCUUGGAUCAACUCCCAUAUCAGUUCAGAUAAACCAGGCUUUGUCCAGUUCAACUCCAGUGGGCUGGAUGCUGACAGCAACUACACAUGUGCUGGUCUACCUCCUCCCGUUAUUCCUACUGAAGUCUCAAGUGCUGAAUUGUGUGGCAUCCAAUCACGAAACACAAGGAUAGUUGGCGGUGAAGAUGCUCGAGAAGGAAGUUGGCCCUGGCAGGCCAGUCUGCAGAAUUUUGGCCAUGUUUGUGGUGGUUCUCUUAUAAACAAAGAGUGGGUGAUGUCUGCUGCCCACUGCUUCUCCAGCACAAAUACCUCCGGAUGGUUGGUUUCUCUAGGUCGCCAGAACCUGCAGGGAAACAACCCAAACGAAGUGUCCAGAACUGUUGACAAAAUAAUUUUGCAUCCAAACUACGACAGUUUAAGCUUCAACAACGAUAUUGCUCUGCUCAGACUUUCUUUGCCAGUCACAUUCACAGCCUACAUCAGACCUGUGUGUCUGGCAGCCAGUAGCAGUGAGUUCCACAAUGGUACUGAUAGCUGGGUCACUGGCUGGGGAACAGUACAAGAGGGAGUGCUCCCGCCAUUCCCUCAAACAUUACAAGAAGUAGAGGUACCGGUUCUGGGAAACAGACAGUGUAACUGUUUUAAUGGAGUUGGUUCAGUCACAGACAACAUGAUCUGUGCUGGUGUUCUGGAAGGAGGAAAAGAUGCUUGUCAGGGCGACUCAGGAGGUCCCAUGAUGAGCCAGCAGGAUUCUAUCUGGAUCCAGUCAGGAAUUGUCAGUUUUGGAUUUGGCUGUGCUAGACCUUAUCUGCCGGGGGUUUAUGCCAGAGUAUCCCGCUACCAGUCUUGGAUCAACUCCCAUAUCAGUUCAGAUAAACCAGGCUUUGUCCAGUUCAACUCCAGUGGGCUGGAUGCUGACAGCAACUACACAUGUCCUGGUCUUCCUCCUCCUGUUACUGGUGUUACUCCGACUGUAGGACCAGGGCCCAGCAUGCCAAGUGCUGAACUGUGUGGCAUCAUUCCACUGAACUCAAAGAUAGUUGGAGGCGAAGAUGCUGAAGAAGGAAGUUGGCCUUGGCAGGCCAGUCUGCAGAAUUUUGGCCAUGUUUGUGGUGGUUCUCUCAUAAACAGAGAGUGGGUGAUGUCUGCUGCCCACUGCUUCUCCAGCGCAAGUACGUCUGGAUGGUCAGUUUCUCUCGGUCGUCAGAACCUGCAAGGCAACAACCCAAAUGAAGUGUCCAGGACGGUUGACAGAAUCAUUUUGCAUCCAAACUUUGACAGUUUUAGCUUCAACAAUGACAUCGCUCUGCUCAGACUUUCCUCAGCAGUCGCAUUCACAGACUACAUCAGACCUGUGUGUCUGGCAGCCAGUAGCAGUGAGUUCCACAAUGGCACUGAUAGCUGGGUCACUGGCUGGGGAACUGUCCAAGAGGGAGUGCUCCCGCCAUUCCCUCAAACGUUACAAGAAGUGGAGGUGCCGGUUCUGGGAAACAGACAGUGUAACUGUCUUAAUGGAGUUGGUUCAGUCACAGACAACAUGAUCUGUGCUGGUGUUCUGGAAGGAGGAAAAGACGCUUGUCAGGGCGACUCAGGAGGUCCCAUGGUGAGCCAGCAGGAUUCCAUCUGGAUCCAGUCAGGAAUUGUCAGUUUUGGAUUUGGCUGUGCUAGACCUUAUCUGCCAGGAGUUUAUGCCAGAGUAUCCCGCUACCAGUCUUGGAUCAACUCCCAUAUCAGUUCAGAUAAACCAGGCUUUGUCCAAUUCAACUCCAGCGGGCUGGAUGCUGACAGCAACUACACAUGUCCUGGUGUUCCUCCUCCUGUUACUGGUGUUACUCUUACUGUAGGACCAGGGCCCAGCAUGUCAAGUGCUGAACUGUGUGGCAUCACUCCACUGAACUCAAAGAUAGUUGGAGGUGAAGAUGCUCAAGAAGGAAGUUGGCCUUGGCAGGCCAGUCUGCAGAAUUUUGGCCAUGUUUGUGGUGGUUCUCUCAUAAACAGAGAGUGGGUGAUGUCUGCUGCCCACUGCUUCUCCAGCGCAAGUACGUCUGGAUGGUCAGUUUCUCUCGGUCGUCAGAACCUGCAAGGCAACAACCCAAAUGAAGUGUCCAGGACGGUUGACAGAAUCAUUUUGCAUCCAAACUUUGACAGUUUUAGCUUCAACAAUGACAUCGCUCUGCUCAGACUUUCCUCAGCGGUCGCAUUCACAGACUACAUCAGACCUGUGUGUCUGGCAGCCAGUAGCAGUGAGUUCCACAAUGGCACUGAUAGCUGGGUCACUGGCUGGGGAACUGUCCAAGAGGGAGUGCUCCCGCCAUUCCCUCAAACGUUACAAGAAGUGGAGGUGCCGGUUCUGGGAAACAGACAGUGUAACUGUCUUAAUGGAGUUGGUUCAGUCACAGACAACAUGAUCUGUGCUGGUGUUCUGGAAGGAGGAAAAGACGCUUGUCAGGGCGACUCAGGAGGUCCCAUGGUGAGCCAGCAGGAUUCCAUCUGGAUCCAGUCAGGAAUUGUCAGUUUUGGAUUUGGCUGUGCUAGACCUUAUCUGCCAGGAGUUUAUGCCAGAGUAUCCCGCUACCAGUCUUGGAUCAACUCCCAUAUCAGUUCAGAUAAACCAGGCUUUGUCCAAUUCAACUCCAGCGGGCUGGAUGCUGACAGCAACUACACAUGUCCUGGUGUUCCUCCUCCUGUUACUGGUGUUACUCUUACUGUAGGACCAGGGCCCAGCAUGUCAAGUGCUGAACUGUGUGGCAUCACUCCACUGAACUCAAAGAUAGUUGGAGGUGAAGAUGCUCAAGAAGGAAGUUGGCCUUGGCAGGCCAGUCUGCAGAAUUUUGGCCAUGUUUGUGGUGGUUCUCUCGUAAACAGAGAGUGGGUGAUGUCUGCUGCCCACUGCUUCUCCAGCGCAAGUACGUCUGGAUGGUCAGUUUCUCUCGGUCGCCAGAACCUGCAAGGCAACAACCCAAAUGAAGUGUCCAGGACAGUUGACAGAAUCAUUUUGCAUCCAAACUUCGACAGUUUAAGCUUCAACAAUGACAUCGCUCUGCUCAGACUUUCCUCAGCAGUCACAUUCACAGACUACAUCAGACCUGUGUGUCUGGCAGCCAGUAGCAGUGAGUUCCACAAUGGUACUGAUAGCUGGGUCACUGGCUGGGGAACUGUCCAAGAGGGAGUGCUCCCGCCAUUCCCUCAAACAUUACAAGAAGUAGAGGUGCCGGUUCUGGGAAACAGACAGUGUAACUGUCUUAAUGGAGUUGGUUCAGUCACAGACAACAUGAUCUGUGCUGGUGUUCUGGAAGGAGGAAAAGAUGCUUGUCAGGGCGACUCAGGAGGUCCCAUGAUGAGCCAGCAGGAUUCCAUCUGGAUCCAGUCAGGAAUUGUCAGUUUUGGAUUUGGCUGUGCUAGACCUUAUCUGCCGGGGGUUUAUGCCAGAGUAUCCCGCUACCAGUCUUGGAUCAACUCCCAUAUCAGUUCAGAUAAACCAGGCUUUGUCCAGUUCAACUCCAGUGGGCUGGAUGCUGACAGCAACUACACAUGUCCUGGUGUUCCUCCUCCUGUUACUGGUGUUACUCCGACUGUAGGACCAGGGCCCAGCAUGCCAAGUGCUGAACUGUGUGGCAUCAUUCCACUGAACUCAAAGAUAGUUGGAGGCGAAGAUGCUGAAGAAGGAAGUUGGCCUUGGCAGGCCAGUCUGCAGAAUUUUGGCCAUGUUUGUGGUGGUUCUCUCAUAAACAGAGAGUGGGUGAUGUCUGCUGCCCACUGCUUCUCCAGCGCAAGUACGUCUGGAUGGUCAGUUUCUCUCGGUCGUCAGAACCUGCAAGGCACCAACCCAAAUGAAGUGUCCAGGACGGUUGACAGAAUCAUUUUGCAUCCAAACUUUGACAGUUUAAGCUUCAACAAUGACAUCGCUUUGCUCAGACUUUCCUCGGCAGUCGCAUUCACAGACUACAUCAGACCUGUGUGUCUGGCAGCCAGUAGUAGUGAGUUCCACAAUGGCACUGAUAGCUGGGUCACUGGCUGGGGAACUGUCCAAGAGGGAGUGCUCCCGCCAUUCCCUCAAACGUUACAAGAAGUGGAGGUGCCGGUUCUGGGAAACAGACAGUGUAACUGUCUUAAUGGAGUUGGUUCAGUCACAGACAACAUGAUCUGUGCUGGUGUUCUGGAAGGAGGAAAAGACGCUUGUCAGGGCGACUCAGGAGGUCCCAUGGUGAACCAGCAGGAUUCCAUCUGGAUCCAGUCAGGAAUUGUCAGUUUUGGAUUUGGCUGUGCUAGACCUUAUCUGCCGGGGGUUUAUGCCAGAGUAUCCCGCUACCAGUCUUGGAUCAACUCCCAUAUCAGUUCAGAUAAACCAGGCUUUGUCCAGUUCAACUCCAGUGGGCUGGAUGCUGACAGCAACUACACAUGUCCUGGUGUUCCUCCUCCUGUUACUGGUGUUACUCCGACUGCAGGACCAGGGCCCAGCACCUCAAGUACUGGAUCAACAACUGCCCAACCAGCAACUCCAAGUCCUGCUGAGCAAGUGUGCGGCACAGCUCCUUUGAACAGUCGUGUAGAAGGUGACAGUGGAGUUGUACCAGGGGGAACUUGGCCUUGGGUGGUUAGUCUCCACAAAAAUGGGGCUUUCACUUGUGCAGGAACACUCAUCACCUCCAGGGUCAUCCUUACUUCCGCUCAAUGCAUCUCUAGCUCCAUUCCAACUUCAAGUGACUGGACGGUGUAUUUGGGUCAGAAACUUGUCAAUGGCGUAGAGGGGUUUGAAAUGACUAUGUCCAUUGAAAAUAUUACAAUCAGCGAAAUGACAGGUUUCAAUAUUGCGGUGCUGCAACUCACAAAAGCGGUCAGCUUCAGUGAUUACAUACAGACUGUGUGUUUGGACAUCACCAAUGUACAAACCUUCCCUACUGGAACUCGCUGUUGGGUUGCCGGCUGGGGGCAGAUGACUAAAAAUAAAAGUAAUGCAAGAGCUGAUGAAAGUCUAAGAGACAUUGAGACUGGAGUAAUAAGUUGCAAUAGUGCUGAUCAGGACAACAUUUGUACUUCUAGCUUGGACAUUCAGCAGGUACAUUCAUUUUUCUUGUGUUUUAAAAUAUGGAUCCUUGGGUUGUCUUGUGGGUCACAACAACAGUGGUCUUUGCAGGGGGAUGAGGGUGGUCCACUGCUCUGCAAGUCAGAUUCAUCUUGGUUCCAGGCAGCUGUUGUUACAGCAGGUCAAAGUAAAUCCCUCCGCGCCGACAUUCAGGUCUUUUCCAGACCCUCGCGUUUUGGAUCAUUCUUGAAGGAAACGGUUGGUGACUUGCCAUCUCCAGCACCUUCCUCGUCAGCAGGUGCACCACUUAGCUGCGGGUCCCUGCUGCUUUCUUUCUUUGUGACUUUGUCAUCUAGCUACCUGGUGCUGUAUCAUGGAACUGCUUGAGACUAUUUAUUGCUGCCCUUCAACCUCUUAUAGUGCUGUAGUUACAGCACUUAAGACACAUUUCCAUCAAGCAUCACAAUUUGGAACCCCAAUUUGGCUCUUUAAUGUUACAUUGUUGUAUGUGACAAUGACAAACUAUAGGACUGAAUGAACAGACUUUCAUUUAGCUGAGUCACAAUGGUGACAGGUACAUUUUGAAGUGUUUUAUAACUUUUCAUGCAUCACCUAAGCAUGAUGCUUUCUACUGUUGUACUUCUUUCCACAAAUUGAAACUAUAACUAAACUAACAAAAUUAUAAAAAUUUAAAUAAUGACAGCCGUUGUAGUUGCUACUCAUUUAUGUUUAUGUGUACCACCAUAUUUUUGGGUGAUAUGACAAUAUGAUUCAAUUCAUCGGAGUCUUGUAUGAAAAGCUACAAACCUUAACCCAUAUAAGUAAAUACACUAAUAACAAACUGCAAUACAGCAAGUGCAUUUAGUGUCUACCAAACUAAGCGUUUUGUAUUUUUGACUGGGUAAGUGUAGUCAUGCUCGCUGACUCUGUCUCACACUUCAUGACACACUCGAUGUACUCAAUUCUGUGUUUGAGAUAUUAGAACAAAUUUAUCGUGUUCCCACCUUUUGCCAUCACCGUUACUAUAAAAACUUUGCAUAUUAUAGUCUCUUACUCCACAUUUGCUCAUUUUACACUUAUUUUUACCAGCAUAGGGGGUGUGCUUUGUGGGUUAGUGAGUAAAAUGUCAGUUCAUUAAAUGCAAAAAUCCUAAUAUUUAUUGAUGCAAUACAUCAAUGGACAGUUUUGCCCAGUAAUUCAGAAAUAGGCGUAGCCUAGCUAAUUUUCCUGAUGGGAUGUCAGCAUCUACACACAUUGCUACAAAAUCUUCAACAAACUGUAAUGCCCGUCGUUGUGAUUAAGGAAGAUGUAAUCACCGAUGCAAUUCCAACUGCAUAUGCAAAAUAUUUUUUAUGGCACUCUUAUUUUGUUUACACAGACGACAUGGGCACUCUUAUUUUGAAGGCUGAAAGUGUGUGCCGUGAGUGUUGAGAAUGUCUGUAAGACAAGCUGGGAGCAAGAAUAAACAUGCUUCUCGUCUUUUUUCACUCACAACCUGCACGUCAUCAUCAAGCAUUUUAAAACGCUCCUUGUAUGAAAGCAGUAAAACAUAACGCGGUGAAAAUACACUCAUCCAGGCGGAGUCGCACAGACACAUAACCGCAUUAGCAUGCUAAACUAAGCUAACCCCGCCAGCUUCCAUUCACACUCCGUAAGAAGAGGUUUCGCCGUUUCAACCUGUUUAGUUUGGGAGGAGGCGGUUUAGUGUAAUAAUCGUGCAACGAUUGAGCAGUCCGCAGAGUAAAUACUUCCCCACACGAACGUUCCUUCUCCUCACCAUGACAGCAUUUCAUUCACAUUAUGUUCAUUUAUUUAUUGGCCAAUUCUGCGAUUCCGUUAACGCAGAAAUCAUAGGGCCCUCCAUGCUGUGGUACACGGGAGGCACCAAUACGGCAAUACAGUGCACCGCGGCGCUCAGUCAUCAACUCGGCUUGUUUCCGUUUAUCAUUUAUACCGGUAUAAGUCAUUUUCUUAUCAUUGGAAGAAUUCAUACCUGUAUACCGGUAUAUACAAAUUAUCGCCCAACCCAAGUUCCCAUGAUCCUUUUACGAGUGCGGAACCAGGAAGUAGUGAAUUUCCGAAAUAGACACUAGUAUAAUGUUUUGAUACAAGACCUAAGCAGCGAUCCUGUUUUGAUCUGGCAAAUCUUUAAUAAGUUUAAUCAAGUGUAUAAUUACUAGAGCUUCUGCUUGGACUGAUGAAAAAAGCAACCACGCAUCUUGAGCAAACGAGUGACGCUGGUAACACCGAGCUUAAGUUGGCUUUUAAGGUUUAUAGUGUGCAUAAGGCACUUAAUGUGCGGUUCCAAUAAUGUCUCACGCACUGCCAUUGCAGUGCAUUAUCAUUCACAGUAGUGAUGCCAUAGCUACAGUCUGAUAGGCUUCUUGCUGCCCUGUACCCGCAAGACAGCUCUUUGCUUAAACGAGAAAUAUUGCAACGUUUUAAUCUCACAAUAUCUCAUUGACACUAGCUAGACACUAAGAGCAAACUAGAUGGAAAAGGCGUUUCUUUUGACAAUAUAUAUUUAUAUAUUUCUGAAUGCUGCUUGGUGGAAAUGUGUUGCUAGAAAAUUAUACAUCAUGAAGUACUAUCACAUAUGUUCAUUGUGUAUAAUAUGUUGUUUGCUGUACAAUUAAAAUUGGUUAGUAAAAAAACAUUCAAAAUGUAUUUUUACAUAUCAUUAUUUCUAUAUGUUGUAUAGUAAAAAUCGAUUCAACAAUGUUUCAAAUAUGCAUUACCAAUUGGAGUAAUGGACAUUUCACUGAAAAUGCCAAAGUGAAUUAUUUAUUCCUGUGUGGGCAUGGCCUCUUCAAGCCCGUCUGUUUCUGCACCGUCUGCAUCAGUCAUCAUCUGCUUGUAUUUACUGUUAAAAAAUCCAGCCUAAGAAUAGAAAAUAAAUGAAUAUCAUCAGGGUAUCA